AUGGCAGUUCGAUUUUCUCAACAAUUAGACGUAUUAAUUCAACGUUCGAUUCAGACGGAUCCUCAUCUGAUGUUUUUUGGAUUUGUAGUCGAUUCAAAUUCGCACUACGCUCAAUUUCUCUCCACCUCCAAAUUUUCAAUUCUUUUAAAUCGGGACCUCCUCAACUCUUUGGCAGUUAUUGCGACGGCAGACACUCAACUCCCACAAUCAAUCCAAGACGCUUCCGCCUGUUAUAGAAAAGGGUCUUUCCCACUCAUUUCAAUCUUCGAACCACACCAAAAAGAACCAAUGGACUUGGAGACCCCACACUAUCCUCAUCAACAAAUGCAAUUACUCCAAGAAACAACUCCACAACUCAAUCAAACAUUCUCACAACAACCAACACCUCAUCAACUCCACGCGUGUUUACAACAACAAAUCGAAGAGAAAAUGCAAUGCUCGUCCGCUUCCGAUUUCACUUCCCCAAGGCUCCACACACCCCAUGAAGUAUCUCCAACACUCGCCGGAAUUUCUGAAUUGUCCAAAGAACGAAUCCAAUCAUUACCAACACCUAUUCACCCGUCCAGACUCGGCGAACCAAGAAAGAAGAGAUGCACAACUCCAAACCGAAUGGUCUCAUUCCAAACAGUCAAAGAGACUCUCGACGACUCAACCAAACUCAAAAUUAUGUCAGCCAUCUCACCAGAUGUUCGGCCUUGA